GAAUGGAGCAAACAAAACUUUUAAGACCGAGUCCCCCUGAUCGUUGCGUGCGUAGCCGGACCCAGAUUAGUGCCCAAACAAGACCGGUGUUGCCGACAGGCGACCCGAUAUGGUUUUCGUUUCCUCGCCUUCCCUGUCACACCUUUCAUCGAACAUGUUGAAGGCAGCAGUGGAAGAGGAAGGGGAUCGGCGCUGGGACGAGAUGCAGGCCGAUUGCCUCAUCAAUAUCUUCCGCCGCCUCGCCAUCGGAGAUCUCGCCGUCGCCGUCCCCUUCGUCUGCAAGUCCUGGUACCGCGCCUCCCUCGACCCUAGCUGCUGGCGCCGCCUCAACUUCCGCUCCCUCGAUUUCACGCCCUGGAGCCCUUUCUCCCGCGCCUUUGCGCUCCGCUACCGCCUCCACUCCCCCCUCUCCUUCUCCGCCUUCCUCCGUUUCGCUCUCCACCGCUCCCGGGGCGUCGUCGACCAACUCGCCUUCCCCCUCUCCUCUGCCGUCUCCAUCCACGACCUCGCCUAUGCCUCUGUCAAAUGCCCGAGAUUGAAGGCGCUGGCUUUGCCGGACAACCUGAUGCUGGAGGACGACCUUCGCAUCCCGGAGCUGGUGCGGCGGUGGAAGGAUCUGGAGCAUCUGGAGAUGGAGACCAAGCCCUCCUCGUUCCUGGAGGCGGUCGCCGAGAUCGGCCGUAACUGCCCGCGGUUCGUCGGGUUGAAGGUGCGCGGGCUAAUCGGGCGCGAGGACGCCAAGGCCCUGGCGCGGUGCCUGCCGGAGCUGAAGCACCUGGAGUUGAGCAAGUCCUACUUGACCAAGGACGAGCUGUUGGUGGUCAUCGGCGGCUGCCGGAAGCUGGAAACGUUGACCGUAAAGGAUUGCCUCGGAUUCCAGGCGGACGACGAGAUUCUGAAGCUGGUGUCGCGCAUCGAGCGGUUCGAGCACGAGGGGUCGACGCUUCUCGAUGAUUACGGGUACGAGACCGAUGAGUCGGAGCAACAAACCGGAUUCUUCCACCGGUGACGGUCUCCUCUUCUCGUCCCUCUUUGCCCUCGCCUUUUUUUUGUCCCCCACGAGUAAUAUAUUUUAAAAAAAUCGCAAAAUGUUUCAAAAAUGAACUGGCUUGCAAGAGGAUUGAACCGGAGGCGAACCGUUCAUUGAUGAUUUCAAACGUUGGUGAACUACGCUCGUAACGCUGGGAAAAAAAAGAAUUUUGUGGUGGUUGUGUUAUCGUGACGUCAGCGAUGAUCAAAUUUGACUUGAAUAAGAAAUUAAAUAAGGGAGGGGUUUGUUUAUGUGAUGAUCGGCUACUCUUAAAUUUUAUAAUAAUAAUAAUUAUUAAUGAUAAUUCAACUCCCCAACAUUAUGUAAGUAACUCAUGUGUGCGCGGGGCCCAGAGAUAAAAAAUGGAAAUAAAAUUUAAAAGUCAAAAAAAUGGAUCGAUUGGAUCACAAAGGAAGCGAGCGGAAAGAAAAGGGGUCAAAGGGAAGCAUCGGAUCUGCAGCCUGCUGCCUGCCUUUCGGCUCAGGAUGAGAUGGAGAGAUUGCCGGGGGAGUUGCUGCUUCGGAUCUUCCACCCCUUGGACCAUCGCUCGCUCGCCGCCGCUCGUCAAGUUUGCAGGAAGUGGAAGGCCGUGGCAUCUGACGAUGCACUCUGGUCAAACCUAUUCAAGGAGAGAUGGGGAGGAGAUCGAGCGACAACAUCCUAUGCCCCGAAUGAUUCAAAAUCCUGGAAAGAUGUUUACAUUGUGCAAGACCGAUGCCACCGUUUUGGAGUUGGCACGAAGAUCAUCAGAGAAGGAAGUGAUUACUACCUCAUCCAUCAAGGGGAAAUUCGAAGGUUUCUAGGCACAAGUCAGCCAAUAGCUGGAGUUGAAGGCAGAGCAGCGCGUCGAGAUGAUGAAGAACGUGCAUCAGCGAUCUCCGAUAGGAUUCUCUUCUUCCUUGGGGACCUUGAGACGGUCUGCACGGCUGCCAAGCGUGUGCGGAUGUAAAGAUUCUGGCCCAGGAGAAAGUGUACAAGUUGGAGGCUUUGAUUAUUCUGAAGAUUCGUGCAAUUGUAUUUUCCUAUCCUAUAUAAUUAUCAUAUUUGGGUCUUAGCUCAA